GGGUGUUCAGCUGACUCGGCCAAGUCGGCCGUGUCGCGAGGUGUUGUGUACGUUUUCGAGUGGAGAGCGGGUGGGUGCCGCUGUUGCGCAUCAUCGGACAGAAAUAUUUAUUUUUAAAACGCGAGUCGCUCGAUUUCGAGCGUGAAACGGAGCAAAUGAGACGAUGGAGCUGAGCUGAGAGCCAUGUCGGCGAGGAGCAAACGCGCCGACGUGUGCGGCGACUGCGGGGCGCUCGAGCCGACGUGGGCCUCGGUGAACCGCGGCAUCCUGCUGUGCGACGAGUGCUGCAGCGUGCACCGCAGCCUCGGCAGACACAUCUCGCGGGUCAAGUCGCUGCGCAGGGGCGCCUGGGUGCCCUCGCAGCUCAGCAUGGUGCACACGCUCAACAGCAACGGCGCCAACAGCAUCUGGGAGCACUCGCUGCUCGACCCCACGCACGCCAAGACGGGCCGCAAGAAGCCCCAGCCCAAGGACCCCGUCCACCCGACGAAAGCGGACUUCAUCAGGGCAAAGCACCAGUUGCUGGCGUUCGUGUACCGCGGCGGCGACGAGGGCGAGGACGCCGACCUGAGCCGGCAGCUGCACUCGGCCGUGCGCACCGUCAACCUGGAGACGAGCCUGCGCAUGCUGGCCCAGGGCGCCGACCCCAACUUCCUGCACCCUGAAAAGGGCACCAGGCCGCUGCACGUCGCAGCCAAAGAGGGACAGGCCGGACAGGUUGAGCUCCUUCUCGUGUAUGGAGCGAGCGCGACGGGUUCGGACGCGCACGGCCAGACGCCAGCGGUGGCUGCGGCGGCGGCAGGGCACCUGGACCUGGCGGCGCGGCUGCAGGAGGCGGCGUUCGAGCUGACGGAUCGGCUGUCGCACUAUUUGUGCGGCCGCGUGCCGGACCACGCGAGCGGCCGCCACUUUCUGGUGCCCGAGAUGGCGGACCACGUGGAGCAGCCGGAGGCGGCGAAGGCGGCCCGGUGCCGCCUCCAGCAGCUGCCGAACCGGCUGUUCGAGGAGCUGGCCACCGACGUCUACGACGAGGUGGACCGGCGCGAAACCGAGUCGUGCUGGGCGGCGCUGCAGCCGGCGCCGUGGCCCUCGCCGGACCGCAGCAUCGUCCCCUUCCUGCCCGUCAACCCCGAGUUGUCGGCCACGCGCAACCAGGGCCGCCAGAAGCUGGCCAGGCUCAACGCCCGCGAGUUCGCCAUCCUCAUCAUGGACGUGCUGUCCGACGCCAAGCGCCGCCAGUCCUUCACGCCAGGGCAGCGAGGCGAGUCCGAGGUGUCGGACGACGAGCCGCUGUACGACAGCGUGGCGUCCGACGAUGACUACGUGACCGCGGCGGCGUCCGUGGACACUCUGUCCGCAUUGUCGGCGCUGCACUCGAGCUCAGAGGAGAAGGAGAGCGGUGGUGGCGGCGGCGGCAGCGAAGAUUCGCGGGUGGAGCAGCUGUUGAAGCAGCAGCUCGAGUGCUCGGAGACGCGGCUCGACUCGAUGAGCCAGCAGAUCCGCGCGCUGCAGGCCACGGUGGCCAAACUGGUGCAGACCAACGACAACAUCCCCUCGCAGCUGCAGAGCCAGGUGAGCUCGCUGAUGGCGGAGAACACGCAUCUGCGCAGCAUCAUCGCGCAGGCCGGGCUGAACGCGGCCAACGGCCACGCGGAACGCAGUCCGCCGGCCGUGGCCGCCAUCCGCUCGUCGCUGUCGCAGCAGCAGCGGCCGGUGUCCAUGUACGAGCCGCGGACGCAGCUGCAGGUGGGCCGCGUGGGCACCGGCUCGUACUCGAACCUGAGCUCUGCCGACCCUGAGAUGUGGCGGCUGGAGUGCGAGGCGAGCGUGUCGCCGGCCGAGGUGAAGGAGCGCACCGACGUCGUGACGAAGCGCAUCCAGGAGCUGUGGGCCGCCAUGGUGGACAACCGGCGCGAACUCUUCUUGCCGUGCGCGGUGCGCAUCCGGGCGGCCGUGGCCGACCUCACGGCCAUCUUCCCGCAGGAGGGCGGCGAGGAGGUGGUGCGCGAGGCGGUGCAGCAGCUGACGCAGCACUCGGGCAGGCUGCAGGCCGAGUGCGCGUGUCUGCUCAGCCCCGGGGUGUCGCCCAGCCUGGGCCCCGAGGGGCCCUCGGAGCCCGGCCACACGCUGCUGGUGCAGAAGGUGCGCAGCUGCGCCUACGACAUCGCCAAGGCCACCAAGCUGCUCGUCACGCACUUCCAAGUCUAGCCAAACGCCCGCCCUUCCGCCUGCCCGACUGAUGUAAAUAACCUCAACUGUGAGACAAUACACACUUCAAGAAAAGAAAAGAAACACAAGUGCCUCUGCGCCAACCGCAAUUUUAUAUAUUAUUAUGCUAUUUACAAAUACAACACACGUGUUAUAUAAUUAUUAUACAGGUGCUACACUCUCUUACAACUCA